UUUUAUUUCUGACUUGCGGCCACAUUGCCGGCUCAAAUUGCCGAAAUUUCUUCAAAACCAAUAGAAUUUAUAAAAUUAAUACAAGAAAGUGACAAAAAUGGCGCAGAAUGCACCACCCUGCAAGGACACACAGGAUUUUCAGUUUAAGCUCCAUGACAAAUUCGUGGCUUUCAAGAAAUGCGGAGAGCCGCGCAGCAAUGUAAAAUUACUGGCGAUCUCCUGCAGCCGAGGCUUGCUCUUUGCCGGGAAUCCUACGCAGCCAGAGUUGAAGGUAAUCAUUGUAAAGGAUCUGGCCAAUGCCAAAACAACGGGCCAACAGCCGCAGGCUCGCCUUGUACCCCUGCCCAGCGUUCCCAACUACAUUUCGUGCAGUGCGGACGGAAAUCUGCUGGCUAUUAAUCACACCCAGAACGGCACUAGUCUGCUCAGCAUCUAUGCAGUGCCAUCGUUUAUGACCCCGGACAUUCGUCCAGUUUACAGCAUCCGUUUGGCGCCGGAGGAUUAUGUGCAUGCUGUGCAGCUUUUGUGGAAUCCCGUGCUGCCCAAUAGCCUGGCUGUGGUCCUCAGCAACGGUGCCCUGGGAAUGUAUGCGUUAAAAGAGGCUGGGAACUUUGAGAUGCACUCGCUGGACAAGAGUCAGCAGGUGAAAUGCGGCUGCUGGUCGCCGAAAGGAAAGCAGAUCGUUCUGGGCUUUCCAAGCGGCAAGCUGCAGCAGUUUAAGCCGGAUCUGACACCCGCCAAAACGCUGGUGUGCCCGUCAAAUGUCCAUGACGCCCCCUUCGAUACGAUUGCCAUUCAGUGGCUGUCGACUUUCCAGUUCGCUGUGAUCUUCCUGCAACACGGCGAGGACUGCAAUCCAUCGUUGUACAUUCUGAAUGCACCGAAGGCGGCUGCUCCCAGCUACAUCAACUACUAUGACAUUUGCUACAGUUUGAAUGGGCCGCGUAACCAUCAGUUCCUGUUCAACCAUGUGCCGCAGUGGAACGUGCUGCUGGUGACCUCGGCUAAUGGCGUUGAAGUGGGCAUUAUGGGCACCGCGGAGGCCGGCGAUACUCCCGCCUGGCAGCAGUUCACAUUGCUGGAUGAGGCGAGGAUUGAGCUACCGCUAAGCGAGUCCACUCAGGAGGAGACUUUCCCGCUGGGCUUCGUCUAUGACACCUCCUCAACGCAUCAGCUGAUCAUAAACGAGCAGAAGCUUCAAACGAUGCCAAUGGUGCACGUGUUAGGCUCGGACGGAGCCCUGCUGUCUUUUAACUUUUUAAAUCUGCUGCCGGGAGCCGUUUCUGUCUGCUCACCUCCUCCACCGGUGGCGGAUACUUCGGGCCAGUUCCGAGCACUCAACUCGCUGCUGCCAGCAAGCGAUGAGGAACAGGAAGACGAAGUGCAGCAGCCGGCGACGACAGAAACUACCAGUCCAACGUCCAAAACACCAGCUGUUGGUGCUUCCUCGGACUUCUCCUUCGCCUUCACCCCAAAUACGGUCACAUCAACACCAGCUCCGGCAAAGGACAAGCCAUUAUCCAUGUUCUCUUUUGCCAGUCCGGCAGCCAAGUCUGGCUCUGCAUCGCAAUUAACCUUUGGCGCUGCUCCGCCGACAGAACCACUUUCCUUUGCUGCCCCAACGGCCACACAAGCAAAACCAGCCGCCGCAGGUUUUGGAGGAUUUGGUGUUCCAUCGACGACUGCGUCAGCAGGUUCGAUGUUUUCCGCUCCUGGCAUGGCUUUAAGUAAAUCCAAUUCAGGUAUAGUAACGCCACGCCUGGCAGCUCCAGAAGUAACAGCUGCUACUGUACCUAAUGGCACUGCUGGGAAUCUCCUGAGGAACCCACUCUACACAGUCCCGCCGACAUUUACGCCUGUGGCCACUAAGGCAAUUACUCCGACAGCAACUCCUCCUGCUAUGCCAGCAGCAGAUAUCCUAAAACUUGAUGACACAGAGCCUAUCAUCAGGGAUAUGAUUGCCCUGCAGAUUGAGGGCUUUAAUGCUGACAUUCAAAAGCAAAAAGAACGCACCAAGCAGCUGCUAAACACGAUUGCUACACCGUCGGCUCUGAAAGGGUAUGCGAAGCGUUUGGAUGAUCUUCAAGAGUUAAAUGAGCAGGCCAAGGAUGUGGAGUUCGAGUUGGAUGUGCAGGGGUUGCGGCAGGGUCUGAACGAGGCUUAUGCCAUCGUGGCAGAGUGCCGAGGCAAGUUGGAGAUCUACAGGAAGCCAGAUAUCACCCGUUUGAUGAACUCCAGCUCCUACGAUCCAGCUGGCCGCCGCAUGCUGGCCCGUCUCCAAAGCUAUGUUGCCGCCAAUGAAGCACAGUUAGUGUUGGCCCAGCAGCAUAUCGAUGUGCAGUGGGAGCAGUUCCAGGACGUUGUCCGGCGCAAUUCCAAGUCACGCCUGCAUAUGCCGUGCCUGGAGGGCAUUUACCAGCGUCUGACCAAGCUGCAGAAUAUGGCUUCGGAUCAGAGGAUCCAGCAAAACAAGAUAAAGGCCAAGCUCAAGGAGUGUGGUCUACUCCAGGUCGCUUUACUCGACCAGGAGAAAAGCCGGACACGCACUAUGGAAGCCGUGGACACUCUGACUGACUCCAUUCUAUCGAUGACCCUGAGCCAGGGGGUGGACUCAAAUGCCACGAAACUGACACAGGAGAAGUUGAAUAAGAUACGUAGUGUGGUCCAAGCCCAGAAAAUCAAUAUCAUAUGUCCGCAGCGACCGGAUCGCGUGGGCCUCAAAUCGGAGGUUAUUUUGGAGACGAGACGUAAGGUGGAACUGAUUAAAAAGGCGGAGGCCAAGCCAAUGAUGGCCAACAAGUACACCCAAUCAGCAUCGUCUGCUCUCCCUGUCGCGACAGCACCAGCUCCUGCUGUUGUAGCUCCGCAACUACCAAAACCGAUGCCAUCUAAGCCGACAGUGGUGGAAAAGCCCGGCAUCCACACUAUCGCUCCCAAUCCGAGUGCCACGGUCUUUGCUUUUAGUCAAAGUAGUCCCUUCGCCAAAACUUCUACAAUGACAACGACGACAAGUACUUUGACCGCAGGUGAAGCUGCAAAGCCAGGAACUUCAAUUUUCGGCGGCGUAAACCCCAGCUUUAGUUUUGGUGGUGGAUCAAAGACAACUCUCUCCUUUGGUGGAGGUGGCUCAACACCACCAAAACCAGCAGCAGCUGCGUCGGAGGCAGCUCCAGUAUCUAAAAUGAACCUGUGGCCAGGAGUAGGAAAGGAUCAAACGCCGGCCCCAGAGUCCGCAAAACCGAUAGCAUCAGCGUCGGCAGCACCUGUUAACUCUGCCCCCGAGACAGCACAAGCUCCAAAGGCAGAAACCAAGCUGUUUGACUUUGGUGGUUUUAAGGGAGCUGGCGGAGCCGUGGGCGGCAGUGUUGUCCCUUCUGCUUUUAGCUUCGGUGGUUUGGGCUCAUCGCUAGGCUUUGGCGGAUCAGCCGCCCCCAAAUUGGAUGCUUCUCCAGUCGCAGUUGUAACUUCCACAACCUCAAUGCCAGCUGCAUCGUUUGGUAUGUUCGCUGCAAAGCCAACUGCUAGUGAGGCUACAGUCGUGAGCAGUAAGACAAAUACCGUUGUUGCCGCCACUGUCCCUGCUCCAGUCUCCACCGGAAGCGGUUUACCUAGUACUUCGGAUCCCGUUGGAGGUCUCUUUACCUCUGUUAACAUUUGCAAGCCAAACACUAAAGAGUCGACAACCGACUCCAGCCAGAAGCCGGCAAGUCUCUUUGGUGGCUCAUCUACUGGCAGUUUUCCCUUUGGCAGCGGAACUGCCGACUCCUCAAAGGGACUCUUUGCCAGCAUUACACCAGUGUCCACUGGAAAAGAGGCGCCCACUAAAACUGAGCCCAGCACAACGACUGCAACAGUUAAAACCACUGACUCUUUGGCUGUGCCAACAAUAGCGACCGUAACUUCGACCGCCCCACUAGCUGCUCCGGCAGCCGCGGCAACAGCUACGACAUCCCCCGCAACAGCUACGACAUCCCCCACAGCAGCUUUGGCCGCUCCCGUAUCGGCUACAACUGCCUCUGCUACUCCAGUUCCGGGAAGCACCUUCUCCUUCUCGAAUGCCUUUAGUAGCCUGAGUGCAGGAACCACAUCUUCGCCAAACUUGUCUGCCAACAGUUCCACAACAACCACAACGAGCAACACCUCUACUUCAGUCUUUGGUGGUGGUUUUGCAACAGCCACAACAGUAACAGCCGGCAGUCCCUUCCAGGCUGCGGCGAUGGCAACAAGCAAUGCUCCUGCUACCACACCGGCAACCGGAACGUCUCCCGCACCCACUGCUAAUAUCUUUGGCAAUGUGCCUAAGCCAGAGGUAAGCGUUUUUGGAACUACUCCGGCUGCUGCGGCGUCUAUGCCACCAACGGGUCUCUUUGCCUCGGCGGCCAUCAGCAAUCCGGCGCCAUUUGGUAGUACUUCAACUGGAGCAGCUGCUUCCGGCGGCAACAUCUUUGGCCAGGCCCUAAAACCGAGUGGCUUUGGCCAAGCGGCACCCGCCGCCGCUGCUGGGGGUGGUGGUGGCUCCAUUUUUGGCGGAACAGCCAAUUCAUCAUUUGGUUCCAGCUCCAUUUUCGGCGGCAGUAAUCCACAGAGUCCGGUGAAUGCACCCGCUCCCGGAGCAGGUACUUCGAUCUUUGGUCAAAGUGUCUUUGGCCAAUCGUCGCAGGCAUCAGCUCCGUCAUCUGGUGGCAAUUUAUUCUCCAAUGCGGUUGGCUCACCGCAGCAGCCUCAAGCAUCUGCCUUUGGCGGCGGCAGUGGUGGCUCUAUCUUUGGCACACCGGCCCCAUCGACAGGAUCGGUUGCAUCGGGCGGAUCGAUCUUUGGUGGCGGCAACACCACCGGCGGCGGUGGCUUUGGCUCCUUCUCGCAGUCAUCACCGGCCACGGGGGGCUUUGGAUUUGGCCAAGGCGGUGCCGCUGGUUCAGUGGCCCAGUCGGGCUUUGGAUCACCGCAAUCUCCGCCGCAGCAGCCGGCGGCUCCAGGUAGAUUUGGAGCCAAGCCUGUGUUUGGCGGAUCGACGGCCUUUGGAGCAGGUCCCACAUUUGGCGGUGCACCCACUUUUGGCAGUCCUAAAGGAUUUGGUGGCUUUGGCGGCGGAGGCGCUAAUUCUGUGGCCUCGCCGCCCGCAUUCGGAGCAGCGCCGAAGCCGACCGAGGGCAAUAUCUUUGAGACACUCGGUGGCCAGGAAUCGAGUCUGUCCUUUGGAAAUCUAGCCCAGACGGGAAAUUCGAAUGCGCAGAAACCGGCUUUUGGAGGAUCCAGCUUUAUGAACUACCGUUGAGCUAAUGACAUUGUUGUGUGAAAUUCCUUACAUUUGUUUGUCCAGUUCUAUGGUUAAAU